CGCGGAGGCGCCAUCCCGCCGUGUGCCCGGGGUGCCGUUCCGUCAGUCGGUGGUCGUACUGGAGUCUCCUUCCCGUAUACUCGGAUAUUCCCUGCUCGGGGGUAUAUUUUGGUUGGAUUUUGGUUUUGUUUGUUUUUUUUUUUCUCCCACUUCAGUAGUCCUCUUCUCCCACUUUCUGGCAGUAAAAUAGUUUCUGCUUUAUGUGCUCAAGAGGGACUGCUAAUUUCGCUUGUAAAAAUUCACUCAUCACCAUUCCUUUAAAUAGCAGCUACAGCUAACUCCCAUCCCUUCCAGAACUUGUAGCCGGGCAGGUUGGGUUAGUGUGUUACGGGUGGUCUGCUUAGGGCCUCGCCUCUCACUUCUCGAUGGAUUCUCGCUCCACCGCUGAUAUCUUGUCAGCUUUCUGCAACACUUUGAAAAUCAGGUGUUUGGCUCUCAGUGGGUUAGCAACCAGCGCUUUGUGGGAUCUUGGGCUGCUAAUGAAACACUCCCGGUUCCUCUGUGCAGAUGGGAGUGGAGAGUCUUAGCCAAUGUACCUGAAAGCUAAAAAAGUGUGGAUUUAUGUGGCAGUGCCCCAGAUAAUACACCCUGCUUCUCAGCAUGUUUGCUGAGAGUGACAGCACGCUAAUAAGCUGAUCCAGCUCAUGGAUUAGAGGUAAUGUGUAUCCAGCAAGCUGGAUACUGAGGCUGAGUCAACUUGGACCUGUCCACGCCAGUCUGUACAGACUGUCCCUUAGUCUGGGGAAACAUCUUCUUUGAGUAUGAAGAUUUUGUUAGACACGGCAUGGAGUCCUCUAUACUUCCUGGUAUCAUACUGGGCCCUGAUGUUUUUAUUCACUCAAAGAAAGCCAACCAUGAUUUUGUACUCGUGCAAACAUAAUUAGCAGUUGCUUAUUGCUACUAGUGGAGAAAUACCGUAUGUGAAAUUAGAGGGAUAGGGUCAAGUUACUAUUGUGAUGGGUUACCAACAAGGAGUUUUUAAAUUUGAGUUAAUUUCUAGUUUCGUGUCAGACAGGCUGUGUGAGUAUUUGACUGCUCUUUUGCAAGGUCCAUUAUGAAUGCAUUUUACGAUUUCUAGUAAUAUUUUUAGGUAGUAAACCCAUGGAGCUUCUUAGAAUAUCAUGAUUUUAUUAGUGAUGUGACAUGGAAGUGUUAACAUUGUAAUAGGACCCAAAAUGUUUUCAGGUAAAAGCUCUUCAUUUUAAAAAGUGCAGGGAACCAUUCUCAAAGCUGUUAUUCAGUUUUCAUCAUGUAUUUAGUUUAUCAGGGAGUGUUAAUAAUGAGUUUGUAUCUGAACUUCUGUAGGACUUUGAAGUAAUUUCGCUUGUUAUUUGAAAUGGCAUAUUAUUUAUCUUUUCACAGGUAGGAUUUUCUGAAGUGAUGUUAUGCUUAGCUUGUGUGUGGUGUGCAUGCGCAGACAUUGACAUGCUCAUGAGUGAUGUCUUGGACUUCCUAAAGAGACUUUUAUCUCCUUAAAUGUUUUCUUGGUUUUGAACUUUGCUUUUGUUCUGUUACAUCUCAAUUUCAAGUUUUCCUGUGGAAUCCUUCAGGAUUCAUUUUUUCGGGGGACUGGAUUAGGUUUUUCUAACAGAAAACCAGGUGUUUCAGGUGUCUCUUGAUUAUGUAGUAUCAUACUGAUUUUGAAGAAAAAUGUUAAGCAUGCUUGACACCAAAACAUAGGAAUGCUGGUAAUAAAAAAUACAAAAUAUCAGUGAAUGCUGUGUCAGUCAUAUCAUGCCUCAUUGAUUUCAGUUCAUUGGUCAGUGAUCACUUGGUGCACUCACUUCUCUCAAGUCUGUCACAUUUUAGACGAUUCAUGUAAAUAACACUCCGUGAUAUGUUCUCCUUCAAAUGGUAGUGUAAUCAAUGUCGUUAACAGAUUGUCUCUCAUCCUGAGGAAGUUACUUCAUUUAAAGAAUAACAUAGAUGCAUCCGUGAAUGAGUUAUUCUAGCGUCAUAAUAUUUCUAAUUUAUUGUAAAGGUUGUCGUGGAUCUUAUUUAUGCAUGGAAAAGUGAUAAUUUACAGUUAAAAUUUUAGGAGGAUAAAGUCAACUUUGCUUAGCUUCAGAAACUUCAUUUGUUUCAGAAGUAGGAAAAAGCUCAGUGCCCCUAAGUAGUCAGUAAUUCAGUGUCAUGUACCCGAAAAAGAGAAGUGCAUAAUAUUCUACUUAGAUUUUUUUUUUUUAUCCUAGUAGUAACUAUUUGAAAUGUUGAGAGUGCUUAAGGCUCAGUCCACGCUGGUACUCACGACUGUCUAAUCCCACAUUAGUGUUUGAUAAGGAGAUGGUAGUUCAGAGUAGUUCAGGUAGUUCAGACAUCUGAUGGAAAGUCACUGUACUGGCCAUCAGCAUUGGAUUGAUAGCAGGACUGUGAUCAUCAGUGGUAAAACAUCAGAAGGUGAUAAUAAUUGAGAAGGGGAGUCUUUAUGGGGUAUUCCAUUUAAAUUGGUCUUAGUUGUCCAUUAAUGUGUAGUCUGAGAAAUUUAGAAAUAAAACACGUAUUUUUUCCCCUUACAGUACUUAUUUAUGAGCAAGGAACCUUCUUAGAAACACAAAACCUGUCCAUUAUCCAUCUGAGAUUUUCAAUACUGUUUUAAUAGUCUCUAUUUUUUCAACUCACUCGGUCCUCAAAGAAUGAAAAUGGGACUGUGUUUGCAAACACAGUCUCUGAAAUGCAAUGUUUGACAAAGUGAAAUUCCUCAGUUUGCCUCAGAAGAAUGUGUCUGGACUCUAAUCCUGCAGCCUUUGAUAACAUCUGUAGUCACUUAGCAGUGAAUAAGUCUUGCAGUUCUUGUUACAUGAGUGAAGCUCUCGUGAUAAUAUGUGGAUACAGAAAGUAAUAUGCUGUGUAUUCCCAGCAUGCUGGGCUUGUUUCCUUAGAGUAAUCUAUCAUGAAAUAUCUCUUCUGUUAAUAAAGGAUCUGUUCUUAAUUGCAGAGUGGUAGAUAUGGGCCAGACUAUGAGGAUAGAGUUGACAGAUUUCUGCCUGAAAUAGCACAGGUUUUUGUUUCUCAUUUUAAGUUGCUGUUUUGGCUUUUUUAAAGAGGGGGUUUUACAAACCUUAGAAAACUCAGAAUUGAAUGGUAUUCUUUAUUUCCUCAUACCAAAAUGCAGGGAAAAAGGCGAUUGGAAUUAAGUUAUCUGUUCGGUUAUGAUGAUGUUGCCCCCUUCAUCCUCUCCAUGUUUAUAACUAUCCUUUGAAGCCUAGUCAUCAUCAUAACUUCUGUACAAGUUAAUUCCAAAAAGGUACUAAAUGCUGGGUAAAAAUUAACAUUUAAAAUGAAAGUUUUGCCUCUGUUUCUUUGAAAAUAAAAGUACAUUGGAAUUGAGGUGAAAUGAAUGUGAUUUUUCCAUAUGCUGCUACAAUGUCAGUGUGUACUGUACUUGCGUAUUAGAUAGACUCAUCUGUCCUUCAUGUGUUGAACCUCUCUCCCUUUGCCAUUGCCAGUGUCGUUUAUCUAACACUUUUUAUUCCAGAUGUGGCUCUUUUAGCUGUAAAUAUUUAAUCCAAAUUAGGCAUUUGUUAUAUGAUUGUCUUAUUAAAAAUGCUUUUGCAUGUAUCAGUUGAUUUUUAUAUCUUCUAUUAAAAGGGUGUGACUGUGUGAAACUGUAGAAAUUUAGUAUUUUUUUUUCUGAAAUUCUCUGAGAAUCCUGAAAGGGUGCUCAGCUAGGUGAGAUGUGGUAUUGUUUUGCUUUCUAACUUUAAUUGUUUAUCCUAUCAGACUUUUUAACUAUUGCUGCACAUUGAGCUGUCCACAAUGACUCCUAAUUAUUUUUCUCAGAAGACUGAACUAAUUUGGUCUCAUCAAAUAUUUAGACAAAAUCAUUUCUCCUUGUGUGCAUUGCAUUAUAUUUAUUUGCAUUUCAUCUGCUGUUGUGUUACUCAAUUCUCUUAACUCAAUUAGAUCUUUCUGGAAAUCUCUAUUCUCCACAGUUCUCACUAACCCAAAUAAUUUCAUACUACUGGAAAUUCUACUGUUUGACUGUCUGCUUCCACUAAUUGAUGUUAACCAUUGUUUUUAAUGUUUGGUAUACACCAUAUGGUUAACUUCUACCCUCCCUGAACAUCUUGGUUAAUGUCUUGAUUAUCUGAACCUUAUUUAUGAGAUAAAAUUCUUCAGAUAAUCAGAGACUUGGAGAAGGAGUCAGUAGAGCAGAGGUCUACUGAGAAAUCUCAAAUACACAGUGUAAGCUUGCUUUCUUCUGUUGUUUAUAAAGGAGCUAAAGUGCUUCACAAGAGCUUCAGCACAGCAUUUUGUUUGUAGAAAAUGCGCAGGUGUCAGACUCCUAGGGAAGUCUUGUCUGGAAAUAGCUGUAGGGUUCAGAUAAUGAAGUGUCCACGUCUAUACAUUAUAAUAUUUUGUUUCUGUGAAAUGUUACCUUACCAUAUGGAUACUGUGGGAACAUAUUGCUGAUCAGAUGGUGAAAAUGCAUUAAUCCUCUCUGGUUGGAUGUUAGUUUGAAUGUGUAUUAUUCUGGCUUUAUGGAUGAACUUUGUCAUUUGUAACCUGUUUGUGUGUGAGAUAGUUUAAGUGUGUGUGUGUUCUAAAUGCGGUGAUGUGCUUAGGAGCAGAAGAGACAGCAGCAGAAGGGUAGGAGAUUAGUGUUUGGCUAAUCAUGAUCUACUGAUUAAUGAGGGUGAUGGCACGUUGCAGUACAACAAAGAGGUGGUUUUUUGAGCUGUAUAUAAAUUGUCAAGCACCUGGCAGAUGUUGCCAAAUUGAUUUUAUUUUUGUGUAGAUCAAGUAGAAUGUAAAGAAUGGAUAAUAGUUUUUGAGGCCCAUUUUGCCCUUUUUGUACAAUCUUUCUGUAGUGCUAAAUAUAUGUUGUUUUUUUCUUUAUGUAUGUUUUUUUAAUUUCCUAAAACUCCUUCGUUUCUCAGGUAAGAUAAAUUGUGACUUCUUGUUUAUCAAAGUUAUGCUGUAUUUCCUUUAAAAUCUGUUUUUCUUAAUGAGGAGGUGCUUUUUGAGCAGCUGAGUAGGUGCAUCAUCAUUAUGGAGUUGUUUGGUUUUUUUUCUCCUAAACUCAUGUAAUUCCAAAUAGUUGUAGGAAUCAGACUGGUAACAAACACAGGCUGUGGAUGAUAGCAAGAUGGUUUUCAGUAGGUUGUCAUACACAACAAGGGGGGAAAAAAGAUAAAGCUCUCAGUUUUUGAAAUUUGUUUCAAAAGUGGGAAGCAUUUUUAGUGGUUGGAACUGGUUUCUAAGAGGUUGGUGAAAUAAUAUUAAAGGUUCUGUUCACUUUAAGUCACUUGAGUUGGUGCAUCAAAAAUACAUGAUGAAAGAAAGCAUUUGUCCUGUUGGUGUUUGCUGCCUAAAUGAAUAACAUGUCAUAUGAUCUUUCCCAAGGGGAAGCUGAAGAAUCCAAAGCAGGUCAUGAAAUAAAAUGAAAAAUUAUCAUUUCUGGUGUUCAGCUGACUAGUUCAACUCAGAAGCAUUCUGUGUUAUUAGAUACAUUUCACUCAUUUAUGACUUCUUUUUCUUUCUUCAUCAUCUCUGCAGCAGCUCUUGCAACGUAUAUCAUACUAUUUUAUUCGUGUGAGUUCAGUGUCAAUAGCCCCAAACUGAAGGAUUUUACAGUUUUGCUUUUUUUUUUGGUUGAAGUAGUACAAAAUGUCAAAAAUUAGAAGGAAGGUCACAGUGGAAAAUACCAAGACCAUAUCCGAUAGCACAUCCCGAAGACCCAGUGUGUUUGAAAGGCUUGGACCCAGCACUGGAAGUACUGCAGAGGUGAGUUGUAAAAACUGGCUGAAGACUGGCAACUGCCUCUAUGGGAACACAUGUAGAUUCGUACAUGGCCCUUCACCACGAGGUAAAGGCUAUAGCAGCAGUUAUAGAAGGUCACCAGAAAGACCCACUGGAGAUCUUCGGGAAAGAAUGAAGAACAAACGUCAAGAUGUUGAGACAGAGCCACAGAAACGAAGUACAGAGGAAUCAUCCUCUCCUGUUAGGAAAGAGUCUUCACGAGGAAGACAUAGAGAAAAGGAGGAUAUCAAAAUUACAAAGGAGCGAACACCAGAAAGUGAAGAGGAAAAUGGGGAUUGGGAAACAAAUAGAGAAGACUCUGAUAAUGGAGAUGUUAAUUAUGAUUAUGAUCAUGAGCUGUCUUUGGAAAUGAAGCGCCAAAAGAUUCAGAGAGAACUCAUGAAAUUGGAACAGGAAAACAUGGAGAAACGAGAGGAAAUAGUAAUUAAAAAAGAGAUUUCUCCAGAGGUGGUAAGGUCUAAAUUAUCACCAUCGCCAUCACCACGAAAGUCUAGCAAAUCUCCAAAACGAAGAUCUAGUCCCAAAUCAUCAUCUUCAGCUAGUAAGAAAGACAAGAAAGCAACUACUGUCUCUUCACCACUUUCGGAGCAGCAGAGGAGUUCUAAAAGUAACCAGAGUAAAAAGAAAGGUCCUCGUACCCCUAGCCCUCCUCCUCCAGUACAAGAGGAAACUCCCCUAGGGAAAAAACACAAAGAAAAACAUAAAGCAAAAGAACGUUCAGAAGAAAAGGCAAGGGAGGUGAAAGAGAGAGGGCGUGACUUUGAAAGGCACAAGGAGAAAAAAGAGAAGCAGAGGUCUGCUUCUCCUUCAGGUCAGCAUCAUUCUCCCAUAUCCUCCAGACAUCACUCCUCCUCCUCACAGUCAGGCUCCUCUGUUCAAAGACAUUCUCCUUCCCCACACCGCAAAAGAACUCCUUCUCCCUCCUAUCAAAGGACAGCUUCCCCGCCUGCCAGGCGGUCAUCUUCCCCCUAUCCCCCACACUCUUCCUCUCCACCUCAGAGGAAGCGAAGUCCUUCGAGACACCGAUCUCCUGGAAGAGACAAGGGAAGGCACGAUCGCGAUCGGACUUCACAGUCCCAUGACAGGCGCCACGAAAGGCGGGACGAAACAAGAGGGAAAAGAGAAAAAGAAAGAGAAACAAGAGAUGAUCGUGAUUAUGACCAAGAGCAGAGUACCUCCAGGGACCAUAGGGAUGACAGAGAGUCUCGUGAUGGGAGAGAUCGGAGGGACACGAGAGACACCAGAGAUCGGCGGGAGCCACGGGAAUCCAGAGAUACUCGAGACUCCAGAGACACCCGGGAUUAUAGCAGGGAUACUAAAGACAGUCGUGACCAGAGAGAGUCACGCUCCACACGAGACUCCCAUGACUACAGAGACAGAGAGAGUCGUGAUGCCCAUAAAAAGGAUGACCAGUAUCAAGAUGACUUGCGCAGCUAUGGAAGAUCCCAUGGCAGAGAGGAGAGCUCUCGUGCUGAAACAAGGAAUGACUCCAGAAGUGACUCCAGAAAUGAGAGCAGAAGUGAUAGAACUGGCAGAAGUCGAGGCAGAGGUCCGGAAUUAUCUGACAAAGGAAGUCGGGGGACUAGAGGAUCCCAGGUUGAUGGUCACAGCAGUAGUGGAAACUACCACGACAGCUGGGAAUCAAGGAGUAGCUAUGCUGAUCGGGACCGCUAUGACAGUCGGGAUCAGGCAAGGGAUUCCUCCUUUGAAAGAAGACAUGGUGAACGGGAUAGGCGUGACAACAGAGAAAGAGAUCAGAGAGCAAGCUCACCGGUACGACACCAAGGACGGAGUGACGAUCUCGAGCGGGAUGAGAGGAGAGAGGAGCGAAGGGUGGAUCGGUCUGAUGACAGGAGAGAUGACAGGGCCCGGGAGAGAGAGCGGGAAAGGGAGAGGGACCGAGAGAGAGAAAGAGAAAGAGACCGGGAAAGAGAGAGGGAGAAAGAAAGAGAGUUGGAACGAGAUCGUGCUCGGGAACGGGAGAGGGACAGAGAGCGGGAUAAAGACAGGGACCGGGAGCGGGACCGAGACAGAGACCAUGACAGGGAGAGGGAACGAGAGAGGGAGAGGGAGAAGGAGCGGGAGCGAGAGCGGGAGGAACGAGAAAGGGAGCGAGAACGCGAGAGAGAUCGGGAGCGGGAGCGCGAAAGGGAGAGAGGUCGAGACAGAGACAAAGAAAGAGACCGCCAGAGAGACUGGGAUGACAAAGACAAAGGAAGGGAAGACCGCAGGGACAAGAGAGAAGAUAUUCGAGAAGAAAGAGGCUCAAGAGAUGUCCAUGAGGAAAGAAAAUCCAAAAAGCGUCACAGAAAUGAAAGCAGUCCAAGUCCUCGUCAGUCACCCAAACGUCGCCGGGAUCAUUCUCCUGAUAGUGAUGCUUACAACAGUGGAGAUGACAAAAAUGAGAAGCACAGACUCCUGAGCCAGGUUGUGCGGCCGCAGGAAUCCCGGUCACUGAGCCCCUCUCACGUCACGGAGGAGCGGCAGAGCCGCUGGAAAGAAGAAGAGCGGAAAUCGGACAGAAAGGAAAGUUCCCGGCGCUAUGAAGAGCCAGAGUUUAAAGAGAGGGUUUCUUCAGCAGAUAAGCAAAGAGAGCAACUGGAUGCUUCAGAAGGUUCCCGGUCCAGAGCUCAGGAAAAUCUUGGACACCGUCCUUCUGAAGAAAGAGAUGGUUCUGAUAGAAUGCAUGAUGACAGCAAAAAGAAAUCUAAAAUACAGAAAAAGACGACAAAGAAGAAGAAAGAUGAUGACAGUGGGGUGGAAAGGUACACUAAUGAACCAGCAACUGAGGAAAGCCAAGUCUUUUCCCCUAAGAAAGGUCAAAAAAGGAAAAAUGUGGAGAAAAAGCGGAAGAGAUCCAAGGGUGAUUCUGAAGUUUCUGACGAAGAAAUGGUUCCACAUCAUAAGAAGAAAAAAGGCCCAAGAACCCCUCCUGUAACUAAAGAAGAAUUGGUUGAAGCACCACCUGAGAAAGCAGUGGCAGAAGUCCCCACAAAAAGAGAAGAUACAACGUUUAGUGACUGGUCAGAUGAAGAUGUUCCUGAACGUGGUGACAUUGUUGUUCCAGAAAGAACCACUGAGGAUUCCCAUAGAAAAAGUCACAGGCCGAGGGGAGAAAAGGUGGAAGCCCCUCAUGUUACUAUAGAGGAUGGACCACACCGUAAGCCUGUGGACCAGAAGCGCAGCAGCAGCCUCGGUAGCAAUCGGAGCCAUGCCUCCAGCAGGCUUAGAUCCCCCUCCAAUGACUCAGCACAUCGCAGUGGAGAUGAUCAGACUGGACGGAAGAGGAUCCUGCACAGUAGCUCUAGGGACAGGGAUAGGGACAGGGACAGGGAGAAGAAAAGCUUAGAAAUCACUGAAAGGAAGUCCCGAAUUGAUCAGUUGAAACGAGGGGAACCCAGUCGCAGCACAUCUUCAGAUCGUCAAGAUUCAAGAAGUCACAGUUCAAGAAGAAGUUCCCCUGAGUCAGAUCGUCAGGUUCAUUCCAGAUCCGGGUCCUUCGAUAGCAGGGAAAGGCUUCAGGAGCGAGAUCGACAUGAACACGAUCGAGAACGAGAGAGAGACAGGAGAGAAGGGAGGCAGAGAGACUGGGACCGAGAUGUGGACAAAGACUGGCCAAGGAGCCGGGAGCGAGAGAGACUCAGGGAGCGAGAGAGGGAUAGGGAGAAAAGACGGGAGCUGGAGAGAGAGAGAGACCGACAGCUGCCUGAUACUGCUGAAAGAGAGAGAGACAGAGAGAGAGCUCUUGACAUCUCCUCUCAAAAGGAAUCAACAAAGCAUGUUGAAACAAAACUGGACAGAGAUCACGAAAAGGAGUUUGAUGGUAUUUGCCGGGACUCAGCAGCUUCAGAGAAGGAAAAAACAGACAAAGAUUUGGCACCUUUACCAGGCUUUGAAGAUGGAAAUGAGGCCGAAAAGGUAGAGAGUUUAGAAGGAGGAGAGGAUGAAGCAAAGACUAAUGAUGUGCAGUCACUGGGGUCUGGUGCUGGAGAAUAUGAGCCGAUCAGUGAUGAUGAACUGGAUGAAAUUCUGGCAGGUGAUGCUGAAAAACGGGAGGAUCAACAGGAGGAUGAGAAGAUGCCUGAUCCAGUGGAUGUUAUAGAUGUAGACUGGUCCAGUCUUAUGCCAAAGCAGCCAAAAGAACCACGUGAGCCUGGGGCUGCACUCUUAAAAUUCACACCAGGUGCUGUUAUGUUGAGAGUCGGCAUUUCCAAGCGAUUGGCAGGACCAGAGCUCUUCACCAAAAUAAAAGAGACAUGCCAGAGAGUGUUAGAAAAACCUAAAGAUGCAGAAAACCUUUUUGAACACGAACUGGGAGCACUGAACAUGGCUGCACUUCGGCGAAAGGAAGAGAGAGCAGGUCUUCUCAGCAAUCUGGGUCCUUGCUGCAAAGCACUCUGCUUCCGCAGGGAUUCUGCAAUUCGCAAACAGCUCAUGAAGAAUGAAAAGGGUGCAACAAAACAAACUUACACAAAUUCUGCAGCAAUGGACAGCGACUUGUUACGGUUGAGUCUACGGUUAUUCAAACGAAAGACUGUGUGCCAAGUUCCUGGGCAGGAAAAGACAGAGGACAGCAAAAUUCCACAGCCAGCUCUCCAGCAGGAAGUGUGUGUGACUUGAGGAGAUGGCUGCAGUGGCACUUCUUUGAUUUUGAGUUGAUUUCUCACAACCAGUGUUGGUGUUGCUGUUUGGUGGUUGUAAAGCGGCUCUAGAAGAUGAAAGGAAAUACUCCAUUUGUACACAGUUAAGAAUAUUUGUUUUAGAUGUGAAUAGGAAUGAAAAAUUAAGACUUCUGUGUGGAGGUCUCUGCAACUUUUAUAAUAUUGAACCUUACACUGUAACAUAAAUCUGUUUUAUGGUGCAUCAGGUGUAAUAAUGUGAAGAUGUCUGGGUUUAGCAGUUUAUAACAUCAACUGAUAUUAAACUGAGGAAAACUGUC